CCUCCCUGCCCCGCCUCGCGAAGCGGUCCCCCGGCUUUCGGGCUGCCCUGCGCUAAGCUCGUUCCGACGAUUCGCUUUCCUGCAAGCGAUCGGGAAGGGAUAUCUUGCGAGGGACUGGCGGCUCCCUCCAUUCCGCUUCGGUGACUUCCUGCAGAAAGAAAGUGUUGGCCUCUUUCCUCCUAUCUUGUUACGAAUAGAAUUCCAUGAGGCCAUUUUAAAUGGCAGAUAAAAUAACAGCAUAUUCGUAACUCCAGCAAAGUUAUGAUGGAUGUAGGGAAGUGGCCUAUAUUUACAUUGCUUUCACCUCAAGAAAUUGCAACUAUCCGAAAAGCAUGUGUAUUUGGAACAUCUGCCAAUGAAGCUAUAUACAUCACCCACAAUGAUGAGGUUUUUGUAUUUGGACUAAACUGCAGUAACUGUCUGGGAACUGGAGAUAAUCAGAGUACUAUUAUACCAAAGAAACUUGAAAGUUUAUGUGGAAAGAGGAUUUGCAGUCUCAGCUAUGGAAGUGGGCCACAUGUGAUCCUUAGUACAGAAGAUGGCGAAGUUUAUGCCUGGGGACAUAAUGGAUACAGUCAACUUGGGAAUGGGACCACCAACCAGGGUGUGACACCUAUUCAGGUUUCUACCAAUUUGCUCGUUAAAAAAGUAGCUGAAGUAGCUUGUGGUUCCCAUCAUUCUCUUGCAUUAUCAUCUGAUGGAGAUGUAUAUGCCUGGGGCUACAACAACUGUGGACAAGUUGGGUCAGGAUCAACUGCAAAUCAGCCAACUCCUCGCAGAGUCUCCAACUGUUUACAGGCCAAGGUAGCAGUUAGCAUUGCCUGCGGUCAGACGUCUUCCAUUGUUGUCAUAGAUAAUGGAGAGGUAUAUGGCUGGGGUUACAAUGGCAAUGGACAACUGGGUCUGGGAAAUAAUGGCAAUCAGUUAACUCCAUGCCGAGUGGCAGCACUUCAAGGUGUGUGUGUAAUGCAGAUUGUCUGUGGCUAUGCACACACGCUAGCACUAACAGAUGAGGGUUCACUAUAUGCCUGGGGAGCAAACACUUACGGGCAGUUGGGGACUGGCAACAAAAGCAACCAUCUCAGCCCAGUGCAAAUCAUGAUGGAAAAGGAGAGAGUCAUCGAGAUUGCCGCUUGCCAUUCUACUCACACGUCUGCUGCCAAGACACAGAGCGGCUUAGUGUACAUGUGGGGUCAGUGUCGGGGGCAGUCAGUGGUCCUGCCGCAUGUUACCCACUUUUCCUGCACCGAUGAUGUGUUUGCUUGCUUCUCUACUCCUGCUGUGAUGUGGCGUCUCCUCUCAGUAGAGCAUGAGGACUUUUUAACAGUGACAGAGUCUCUGAAGAGAGAAUUUGAUAGUCCUGAAACAUCAGAUCUAAAGUUUAGAGUAGAUGGAAAAUUCAUUUAUGUACAUAAAGCUGUUUUGAAAAUCAGAUGUGAGCACUUCCGUACCAUGUUCCAGUCCUAUUGGAAUGAAGACGAGAAGGAAGUGAUAGACAUAGAUCAGUUUUCCUAUCCUGUGUAUCGUGCUUUUCUUGAGUACCUCUACACUGACAAUGUUGACUUGCCACCUGAAGAUGCUAUAGGACUUCUGGAUUUGGCUACAUCAUACUGUGAAAACCGAUUGAAAAAACUGUGUCAGCAUCUCAUCAAAAGAGGAAUCACGGUGGAGAAUGCUUUCUCGUUGCUAUCUGCAGCAGUACGCUAUGAUGCAGAGGAUUUAGAAGAAUUCUGCUUUAAGUUUUGUGUUAAUCACUUGACUGAAGUCACCCAGACAGCUGCCUUUUGGCAAAUGGAUGGUUCUCUGCUAAAGGAAUUCAUUGCUAAAGCCAGUAAAUAUGGAGCCUUUAAGAACUGAGUGAUGUAACUGUUUGUUUUGGAUGUUAUGGCCACAGCUGAUGUGAUUUCAUGCCUUUUUCUCAUAUGUCCAGUUAAUUAUAUCACCUGCAGUAUAAAAGCACUUGCCCAACAGCUGUACUUUUAGAGGAGUUCCAAAUUAAGCAGCAAACACUUUACUUGGACUUUGUUACUCUAGAGAGCUGGAUCUAUUUACUGUUUUAAGUAACUCUGUGGCGGAGAAAAUCAGAAGAAUCAAUGGAGUGGUUAGAAGUUGCCAAAGAUAAUGUCAGUGAUUGUUCUCUGAAUAUGGUUUGUUAAUCUGUUUGCGACGACAUUGUGGUACCUCUUGUUCUUUUGAAGCACUCUCAUGGCAAUGGGAAGCAAAAUAACUUACACGGAAUAAUGGGAGUGUUGAAAAAAGGAAGCAUCCUGUCUGCAUAUAUAUGAAGGAAGUUUACAUCCCUGUCAUUUGAAAAGAACUUGGUCAGUGAAACAAUGCUGCGUUCCUGGGUCCACCUAUCUAGGAAUAAGCCUCACUGAAUUCAGUGGGAUGUAAUAGAUUUGCACUGUAAGUAUACUGAGAUAUACAAUUUUAACUCUGAAAUGUUGAAGAACCAACUAGUCUUUCAUAAACAAACUGGAAUUAUUGUUUCUGUACUUCCUUUGAUGUAUAUAGCUGGUCAUCUUUGGAGAAGAAUUAAAUGUUGCCCUAUUUUGCGGACUUCGAUUGUUCAAAGCUGAUGACUGUUGGAAAUCUGUUUUGUAUUGCAAUUAUAUAUAAACUAUGUAAUAAAAAUGGGUGUCUGCCUAUUGUGAGUUCUAAAUUUAUCUAUUAAAAUUGUGCAUAAAA